GGACGCUGAUGGGCGGAGCUCCGGUGGGGGGCGUGGCCUUGGGCCCGCCGGUCACGUGUCUGGCGCUGCACCCCGGGGGGGCGUGGCUUGCGGCGGGCGGGUGGGCGGGGCUUCUGCUCGUCCUCCCCUUAGACCGACCCGGAGCCCCCACUGCUCUGGGCCAGCGCGGGGCCGGAUCUUCGACCUGGGCUUUGGCUUGGGGAGGGGAGGGGCUACUGGCUGGGGGCGUGGCCUUCGGGGCGGGAAGGGGCGUGGCCGUCCGCUUGUGGGCGUGGCCAAGCACCCGCCUCCUCGCCAACCUGCCCCUCCCACCGGGUUCCCCCCACCCGCCCCGAGCGCUCGCCUUCGCACCCCCCCCACCGGACGGGACCCCCCGAUAUCGCCUAUGGCUCUUGGGAGCCGGGCCUGGAGGAAGGGUGCUGAUGUGGCCGGGGGGGCUGGGCCGGCUGCGAGCAACAUUAAGCCCCGCCCCCUCCAUUGGAGUCAAUGGGAGCUCAAGCCACGCCCCCUCCAUUGGAGUGAAUGGGAGCUCAAGCCACGCCCCCUCCAUUGGAGUGAAUGGGCGCUCAAUCCACGCCCUGUCCAUUGGAGUGAAUGGGAGCUCAAGCCACGCCUCCUCCAUUGGAGUCAAUGGGAGCUCAAGCCACGCCCCCUCCAUUGGAAUCAACGAGGACUCAAGCCACGCCCCCUCGGCCUUUGGCCCCGCCCUCUGCGCUGCCUUCGACGCCACCGGAUCCCGUUUGGCCGUGGGGCACUGGGGGGGGGGCGGUGUGUGUGCACCGCGUACCCUGGGGUUCCCCCCCCCUCGUGCUGCCGGCGGCCAGCGGUCACGUGACGAGCCUGGCGUGGGCGGGGCCCUGCGCCCUGGUGGGAGGCGGAGCCUCAGGCUCGCUCUGGCUAUGGGCGUGGCCUCGUCUCGGCUACACCCCCUCUUCCUCCUCCCACCACCACUUCCGGCCACGCCCACCCCGGGAACUGCCAUUGGGCAGAGGGGGAGUGAGAGCGAUGGGAGGGGCCGAGGGGAGAGUGGUGGUGGCUACUGACGACGGCUCUGUGGCUGUAAUGGGCGCUAUGGGGCAGCCCCACACUUGGGGGGCGCCGAGGGAAACGCUGUGGAUAAGGCCUCAUUUGGGCCCCACGGAAUGUGUGGGGCUGAGCCCCACGGGCGCUGCGCUGGCGACCGGCGGCGCCGACGGGGCUGUGGCCGUGUGGGGCGUGGGCGACGCCGUGGGGCUGAAACGCCGUUGGCUCCGGGCCCACAGCGAUGGCGUCUGCGCCGUGGGGUGGACGGGAGACCUCCUGGUCUCCGGUGGCUCCGGGGGUUCGCUGUCGCUCUGGGCUGUGGUUUCGGGGCAGCGUCUCCGCACUCUGGAGGGGCUCCGAGGAGCGCCCUCUGCCCUCGGCGGAGAGGGCCGCUGGGUGCUGGCGGUGUCACGUGACGGCUCGCUGGCGGCGUGGGAAGGGGCGGAGCUCGUCGGUCACGUGGGGGGGCGGGGCCAGAGCCGAGGAGACAUCGCCCCACCCGGGCGUCGUCAGCCGCUCGUCGCCGUGGUCGGACCUGACGAACUUACCCACCUGUGGGAGCCGCUCAAGGAGCCGCGUCCCAUCACCCUCUGCAGCGCGGGGGGGGCGGAGGUGGUGGGCGUGGCCGUGGCUGGCCACGCCCCCUCCGCCUCAAGCCACGCCCCCGCCUUCAACGCCAACGGGAGAACAUCCGCUGAGCACGCCCACACAGCAUCUGGCCACGCCCACCCAGCCUCUGGCCACGCCCACUCAGUCUCUGGUUACGCUUACCCGCGCUCAAGCCACGCCCCUUCUUCCGGCUUUGGCCACGCCCCCUCUUCCGGCUCUGGCCACGCCCCUCCCGUAGCGGUGGCGGCGGCGUCUGAUGGGAGUGUGAGAGUGAUCCCACUGCCCCCCCCAGAGUCGCCCCCCCCGCCGGAUCUCGGCGCGUGGGGGCGUGGCCGCGUGACGUCACUGGCCUGGAACCCCGCCGGGAGUCACGUGGUGGCGGGGGGGGGCGGGGGGAACGCUCAGCCUCUGGGGGGAGGGGCUGGAGGCGGAGGCGAAGGUCGCAGCCCCUCCCAUCUCGGCGCUGCUCUUCCGGAACCCCAAUGAGAUCCUGGUGGCGGCCGGAAAACGCCUGGAACUGUGGGAGCUGCGGGGGCGCAGGCUUCUCCCCAUGGAUUCCGUGGGGCGACUGCCCCUCCCUGUGCUGCAGCUGCUGCUCCCUCAGGCCACGCCCCCUCCGGCCACGCCCCCUCCGGUGCUGCUGCUCUUGGGGGGGGGGCAGCUCUGGCAGAUGGGG